AUGGCUGAACUAUCACCUGAAGAAAUUCAGCUGCGGGCCAACCAGGUCACUGAUGAGUCUUUGGAAAGCACAAGGAGGAUUCUUGGCUUGGCCAUUGAGUCCCAGGAUGUUGGCAUCAAAACUAUCACCAUGCUGGAUGAACAGGGAGAACAACUCAAUCGCAUAGAAGAAGGCAUGGACCAGAUAAAUAAGGAUAUGAGAGAAGCUGAGAAGACACUGACAGAGCUCAACAAGUGCUGUGGGCUCUGUGUCUGUCCUUGUAACAGGGUGAAGAACUUUGAGGCUAGUAAGGCAUACAGAGCAACCUGGGGAGAUGGAACAGAGAACUCUGCAGAUCAUGUGAUAUCCAUGCAGCCAAGGAGUAUGAAUCAGCAGCAGCCUCAGACUUCAAGAGGACCAAGUGGUGGAUAUAUCACAAGGAUAACAAAUGAUGCCAGAGAGGAUGAAAUGGAUGAAAAUCUUGCUCAAGUGGGAAACAUUCUUGGGAAUUUGAAAAGCAUGGCUUUGGAUAUGGGCAAUGAGAUUGAUGCCCAGAAUAAACAAAUAGACCGGAUAAAUGUAAAGGCUGAUACAAACAGGGCACGCAUUGAGCAAGCCAACGUCAGAGCCCAGAAACUGAUUGACAAUUAA